AUGGAAAAGAGUGUUGGUGACUUCCUCGCAGUAGCUUGUGUGUGUGUGUGUGUGUGUGUGUGUGUGUGUGUGUGUGUGUGUGUGUGUGUGUGUGUGUGUGUGUGUGUGUGUGUGUGUGUGUGUGUGUGUGUGUGUGUGUGUGUGUGUGUGUGUGUGAGUGAGUGAGUGAGUAAUUUCACUAGUACUGAUCUUGGAUUAUAGAGUGGUCUAUCUGAGCAAUCCUUGUGUUUGAUUUUAGAGUGUUUUUUUCUGCAAUUCUUGUGUGUCAGCUGUGUGGUAUUACUAUUCUGUAUCAUUUCUGAGCCAUGAUGAACAGUACAAUGCUGUCAGCAUUCUAAUGUUCAUCAUGGUGUGUUUGUGUCUGAUGAUUGUAGCUUCGUCGAGAGACAAGACUGAGACGGGAGUACCUGUAUAGGAAGACCCAGGAGGACAGAGUGCGGAUGAUAGAGGAGAAAAAACAGAAGCUGAAAUCUGCUCUUGAUGGUGAGGACUGCAUGUAAUGGAGGAGAUUGGUGGGUGGAUGAUGGAUGAACAAUCUAAAACACCUUGAGACUUUUUAAGAUGGCAGUGAUAACAAAUUACAAUUUGGGUACCUGUAACUAGUUCUAAGUCAUUGACUUUCGUUUUACCCUACUGACAAUCGUCUCAUCCCUACUGAUGUUCGCAGAGAAGCUGUACAGUUACAGAAAUUGCUGGAGUAUGACGAUGAGGGAGCAGAAGGUUUGUUUCUGCACAUCAACAUUCAAACAACACCCUAUUCCCUAUAUAGUGCACUACUCUUGAUCACCGCCCAUAGGGCUCUGGUCAAAAGUAUUGCACUAUCUACGGUAUAGGGUGCCCUUUGGGACGCAGCCUCAGUGUUGUCUUCUCUAUGAUGUUGACAACACAUCUCAUGGACUGCCAAUGGCAAAAGCAGCCUUACCACAGUUUCCCAUAAAAAAUUAGCAAACAGUGACUGAGAGAUACUCUGUGUGUGCAGGUGUCAGCUCUCACAUGGAUGAUGAGUAUAAAUGGGCUGGAGUGGAGGAUCUAAAGGUCAUGGUCACAACAUCAAGACACCCCAGCUCUCGACUCAAGAUGUUUGUCAAGGUAUGUUCAUUUAUGUCUCAAUUCUUAUUCAAUGUCUAUCCUCUGCUCCACCUCUAUUACAGAGCAUAUUGUAAUCAGGAAAAAUGAUUCCCAAGAAGGCACUAGCAGACAGUAUAAUAGAUUACGUUUUAUACAAGUAAUAAUGACUUGCCCUCAAUUUUUGCUGACGUGCAAUGAUUGCUGUUGACAGGAGGUGAAGCUGAUCUUCCCUGGGGCUCAGCGUAUGAACAGGGGAGGUCAUGAAAUUAAAGCUCCACACAAGGUAAUACAAAAAAAUAUGGUCAGAGUUUAAAAGGCAAGUGAAACGUGCCUGUGCAGGAGUGGUUUAAAAACUCUGAGGUUUUCGGGGGUGCUUGGACAGUUGGGCCAGAGGCCGAGAGGUUGCUGGUACGGGUCCCUGCGUCGACUGGGUGGGCGAUCUGUCGAUGUGCCCUUGAGCGGGGUGCUUGACCCUGAUUGUUCCUGUGGGUCGCUCUGAAUGUGAGUGUUUGCUAAAUGACUCAAAUGUAAUGUACACUACCAGUCAAAAGUUUGGACACACCUACUCAUUCAACGUUUUUUCUUUAUUAUUACAAUUUUUUACAUUGUAGAAUAAUACUGAAGACAUCAAAACUAUGAAAUAACACAUAGGGAAUCAUGUAGUAACCCAAAAAGUGUUAAACAAAUCAAAAUAUAUUUUAUAUUCGAGAUUCUUCAAAUAGCCACCCUUUGCCUUCACGACAGCUUUGCACACUCUUGGCAUUCUCUCAACCAGCUUCAUGAGGUAGUCACCUGGAAUGCAUUUCAAUUAACAGGUGUGCCUUCUUAAAAGUAAAUUUGUGGAAUUUCUUUCCUUCUUAAUGCGUUUGAGCCAAUCAGUUGUGUUGUGACAAGGUAGGUAUACAGAAGAUAGCCCUAUUUGGUAAAAGACCAAGUCCAUAUUAUGGCAAGAACAGCUCAAAUAAGCAAAGAGAAACGACAGUCUAUCAUUACUUUAUGUUAUGUGGGCAGCUUGUCUCUCCCUUUUCUGUUUCCCUUCCUCCUUGUUUUGUCCCCUCUUUGUCUGUUGUUUCUGUAUGUGUGUUUGUCUCCUUUAUGUGGGUGUGUCUGGAGUGGAUCGGGGGGCGUGCUCAGGAUCUGCCUCUCCUGUGCAGCUGCGGGUUGUUUCCAGUGAUUCCUGCCUACGCAGCUGCAUCCUAUUCUCUCAUCAACCUGCACUACUAAUUCCUGGGCAUGGCUCUCCACCGGCGCCAGAUCGUUGUUCUUACUAGAGCGGUAACUUGGCUCACCAGUAAAGUUAAAUUGUCUUUGUCUUCAGCCUGGCUUUUACUCUCCUUAACCUGUCGUUUGUUUUGUCUUCAGUUCAGACAUACCUCCCAACCUGCCUGCCUGCCUCCCUGCCUGCCUGCCUGCCUGCCUGCCUGCCUGCCUGCCUCAGCCUCUCCUUCCUCCGGAGCCGACUAGCCCACUCUGUUCCUUUUCUUCAGUUGUUUUUUGGACUAAGACAAAUUGAACUUUUAUUAAAAUAAUUUUUGUUUCUUCCACUCCCUUAGUCGUGUUUUGUUUCUCUGAGUGCUGGGUUAACCAUAGCGUAACACUUUAAGACAUGAAGGUCAGUCAAUAUGGAACAUUUCAAGAACUUUUAAAGUUUCUUCAAGUGCAGUUUCAAAAACCAUCAAGCGCUAUGAUUAAACUAGCUCUCAUGAGGACCGCCACACGAAUGGAAGACUCAGAGUUACCUCUGCUGCAGAGGAUAAGUUAUUUAGAGUUCCUAGCCUCAGAAAUUGCAGCCCAAAUAAGUACUUCACAGAGUUCAAGUAACAUACAUAUCUCAACAUCAACUGUUCAGAGGGGACUGUAUGAAUCAGGCCUUCAUUGUCGAAUUGCUGCAAAGAAACCCCUACUAAAGGACACCAAUAAGAAGAAGAGACUUGCUUGGGCCAAGAAACACGAGCAAUGGACAUUAGAUCGGUGGCAAUUUGUUCUUUGGUCUGGAGUCCAAAUUGGAGAUUUUUGGUUCCAACUGCUGUGUCUUUGUGAGACGCGGUGUGGGUGGAGAAGGAGGUGUUGUGGUGUCGGGGGGCUUUGCUGGUGACACUGUCUGUGAUUUAUUUAGAAUUCAAGGCACACUUAACCAGCAUGGCUACCACAGCAUUCUACAGCGAUACGCCAUCCCAUCUGGUUUGGGCUUAGUGGGACUAUCAUUUGUUUUUCAACAGGACAAUGACCCAACACAUCUCCAGGCUGUGUAAGGGCUAUUUUACCAAGAAGGAGAGUGAUGGAGUGCUGCAUCAGAUGACCUGGCCUCCACAAUCCACCCACCUCAAUUAAAUUGAGAUGGUUUGGGAUGUGUCAGACCGCAGAGUGAAGGAAAAGCAGCCAACAAGUGCUCAGCAUAUGUGGGAACUCCUUCAAGACUGUUGGAAAAGCAUUCCAGAUGAAGCUGGUUGAGAAAAUGCCAAGAGUGUGCAAAGCUGUCAUCUAGGCAAAGGGUGGCUAUUUUGAAGAAUCUCAAAUAUAAAAUAUAUUUUGAUUUGUUUAACACUUUUUUGGUUACUACAUGAUUCCAUAUGUGUUAUUUCAUAGCUUUGAUGUCUUCACUAUUAUUCACUAUUAAUGUAGAAAAUAGUAAAAAUAAAGAAAAACCUUUGAAUGAGUAGGUGUUGUAAAACUUUUGACCGGUAGUUUGUGUGUGUAUGUAUAUGUGUGUAUAUAUAUGCUUUUAUUUGAUUUUUUACAGGCUGGAAUGCAUCUUUCCAAGUAAAAACACUGCAUCGAGGGAACUUUAAAAUAACUACUUUUAUAUUGCCUGUGUGAACUGUAUAGAUGGGCUGGUGGUGUGCCACCUACCUUUUGGACCAACUGCGUACUUCACCCUUUACAAUAUGGUAAUGAGACAUGAUUUUACAUUUUAGUCAUUUAGCAGACGCUCUUAUCCAGAGCAACUUACAGUUAGUGAGUGCAUAUAUAUAUUUUUUUCAUACUGGUCCCCCGUGGGAAUCGAACCCACAACCCUGGCUUUGCAAGCGUCAUGCUCUACCAACUGAGCUACACGGGACCAUGUGCCGGACAUUGGAACCAUGUCUGAGGCCUACCCCCACCUCAUUUUUCACAACUUCUCCUCACGACUUGGCCAGAGGGUGAGGGACUUGGCACUUCACAAUUCUCAAUAAAUGUUUACCCCAAUACUGUUAGUGCAUCCAAAUGUUUCUGACACUGACUGUAAGUAAAUAUCUCCCAAUCAGGUUUCCAAUAUCCUCAAGUAUUUGUUCCCAGUGCCUAAAGAGGACAGUAGACGAGUUAUCACAUUUGCCAACCAGGAGGAUUUUGUAUCUUUCAGGUGAGUAGAGGGAUGCUUUGAACAAGCUAUUUGGGAAUCUUGGGCAGACAUGUUGAAUGUAGACUCAGUCAGGUAGCGGAACGUAGCUACACAUUCGUAUUUACUUAAAAGUAAGGACCUAUUCUUAUUGCAGACAUCACACUUACAAGAAAACGGACCACAGGAACGUUGUCAGAAGUUUGGCCCAGAUUUGAAAUCAAAUGUAUAAAAAAAAAAGAGUACAAUGUUUUACCUUUCUCAUCAUAAGCAACACCAUGUUUUUGAACAAUGUGUAAGUUUGGAUUAAUUUUAGUUUUACCCUUUCCUGCACCGCACCCCCUAUACCGUUUGUGUAUUUUUUCUCGUGUGUAUUGAUGAUGCACAUGCAAAAUUGUAAUUGUUAUAUUAUAAACUAGUGAUUUAACUGUUUUUCUGUCUGUAGUGUACAUGAUCAAGCUUGGUACCCUGGAAAAUGAGGCUACAGCGGAUGUUGAAUGCCGCCACCACUCAUAUACACACACUGCCAAAAAGAGGAAGUUUCUCAGCAUGGCGUAA